AUGGCUCAACAGCAGCAGAUGCCGCAUAAGCAGAAGCAGAAGCAGAAGCCGGAGCGCUUAUUCCGACAGAACAACAACUCACGGCCACAGAUAUUUGUCCAUGUCGAGUUUGGAGUCUCAUGGUCUCCGACACACGUGCCCAACUCGCACGGCGUCACAUACCGGUCACGGGCACUCCGAGACAGAUCCCCAAACUUUCCUCGCCAUAUCCCGCCUGCCACUACCAACUACCUGGCGCCAUCCACGCAGGAGCCGCGCCGUCAUCAUCAUCAUCAACAGCGACAACAAAACCCCGCCCACCAUCAGCACCAGCCACGGAGCCAGCCUCAGGCCCAGUAUCCCCAGCAGUCUCACUACCAGCACCAUGGAGCUUCACACCAGGUCACUCAGCCCUCCCAGAGCCACCAGGCAGGUGCUCAUCACCAGGCUCGACAGCGUGCCCAGCCACCGCCGCCCAUCUACACGCAAGAGCAGUUUGAGUAUUACCAGCAGGUGAAUGAGUAUAUCCACUACCGACAGAUUCAACAGCAGCACCAGGCACGCCCUCAACAGGCAGACGGAGAGCGCAGGCCGUCGCGAGAGUCGAGGGGCUCACACGAACGAGGUCGAUCCGCACCUCCCCCCAUCAACGAGAGCCCGUGGGAUGUCACCCAAAACCCCGCCGCGUUUCCGGCAGGGAGCCAAGGGGCCGUGCCGCACCGCCCGACUCCUGAGUUAUGGAAAACCUUGCCCGAGACACCAUCACGCUUCCGCCUGGGCGAGGAGGAUCUCCCAUGGGCGUCGCCAUGGACAUUCCCCAUGGGCUACCAUCCUGAAGCCGACCCCGACGAGGCGGCGUCUGCCCCGGGCUCCGUGAGGGGUGACCGAGGAGGCUCGCUGGAUGGCUACUUCGGCUCCAGUCAUGUCGCCGCCCAUCCGGGACCCGCGGUCGAGACGCCCAUGUACAGUGAAAACGAUCCUCAGCAGACGCGAGAGCUCGAGACGCUCCAGGCGGCCAUGAUGACGGUGGACAACGGCUUCGAGGCCCAGUGGUGGAACCAAGGAGAGCGAGACAAGAACGUGGGUGCUUCAUUGGGACUCGCGACGCCGCCUCCCGCUUCCCCGGUCCGCGAGGCUCUGCCCAGCAUGACGACCGUCGGCAUGACGCCGUCGUUCCUGCAGGAGGGACAGCGUUCGGCGACGAUGCCGGUAGGGUCCAUCGGCUGGGCGAUAGCGAAUCCGACCCGCAUCGACGAGGAUCUCAGGUCUCACCGGCGCCGAGACACCAAGGACACCGAGAGGUCGAGGCAAUCCAAGAACUCGACCUCCUCGGGCAACCUGGUCUCGCCCAUGUCAGACUCGGCAAGCUCCUUCUCGCCGAGCUUUGUGAGCCCCGUGAACAGGGGCCAAAGGCCGCAUCGGACCAUGUCUACGCGCUCGGAGGAGCUGCAUAUGGGAUGA